AUGGGAGCCCUGAUGGACAGAGGACAGUCUGGGGGUGUCUGUGUGUCUGUCUGCGGGGCUGCUGGGCUCCGGCUGUUCAGCUCCAUCCGAGACUACGGCAGGGCCUUCAGUUCGGCCAGCAGCUGCUGGUCCCGGUCCCGGUCCCGGAUCCCCGCCUCGCCCCAAAGCUCCUGGGGGCUCCCCAGCUGCGGGACCUCCCGGGAUGCCCCGGAACUCCGGACGGACGCUGGGGGCUGGGCCUCCCCGGCGCUGUCAUUGGCUCCCGGCUGCCGGGCCUCCGCGGGUCCCCGGGGAAAAGAGGGACCGCGAGAGGGCGGAAGCCGCCUUCCUCUUCCGACCAACUUCGCUGCCCUGCUGUUGGGUGGAGUCUCAGGGCCGGGCCGGGCAUCUACCCUCCGGCCUGUCCCCGUGUCGUCCCCGUCGGUCAGUGCCCAAGUGAGGAAGAGCAGCCACAGGCUCCCCCCGGACCGGAGCCCGGAGCCAGAGAAGAUGGCCCCGGGGACCCAGAGCCCCGCCUCCCAGGAGCUGGUGACACUCAAGGAUGUGGCUGUGGACUUCACCCAGGAGGAGUGGCGCGUUUUGAACCCUUCUCAGAAAGAGCUGUACAGGGAGGUCAUGCUGGAGAAUGUGCUAAAUAUGCUCUCUGUGGGGCUUCCGGUUCUCAGAGAUUUCAUCUCCAGUUUUCAGCAAAUGGAGGCCCUCUGGAUGGCAGAGCACGAGCCCCCGGGGAGCUCCUGUCCGGUCAACACCUCUAGUCUUACUGAUCAUGAGAAAAUCCAAAUUGGUGAGAAAUUUUAUGAAUGUAAUCAAUGUGAAAAGAUUUUCACAAAGAGCUCCAAUCUUGCUACCCAUCAGAGAAUACACACUGGAGAGAAGCCUUAUGAAUGCAUUCAAUGUGGAAAGACUUUCACACAGAGGGGCUCUCUUGGUGAACAUCAGAGAAUCCACACUGGAGACAAACCUUUUCAAUGUAGUUAUUGUGGAAAGACUUUUAGAGGGAAGUCUCUUCUUGUGCAUCAAAGUAUCCACACUGGAGAGAAACCUUAUCAAUGUAAACAGUGUGGAAAGGCUUUCAGACAAAACUCCAAAUUUUCUGCCAAUCAGAGAAUCCACACUGGAGACAAACCUUAUAAAUGCAAGCAGUGUGGAAAGGCUUUUACAUUGAAGGUUUCUCUUGCUGCCCAUCAGAGAAUCCACACUAGAGACAAACCUUAUAAAUGCAAGCAAUGUGGAAAGGCUCUUACAUGGAGAGUCUCUCUUGUUGUGCAUCAGAGAAUCCACACUGGAGACAAACAUAAAUGCAAGCAGUGUGGAAAGGCUUUUACAUGGAAGGUCUCUCUUGCUGCCCAUCAGAGAAUCCACACUGGAGAGAAACCUUAUAAAUGCAAGCAGUGUGGAAAGGCUUUUACAUGGAAGGUCUCUCUUGCUGCCCAUCAGAGAAGCCACACUGUAGAUAAACUUUAUGAAUGUAAGCAAUGUGGAAAGGUUUUCACAAAGAGCUCCAAUCUCACUACCCAUCAAAGAAUCCACACUGGAGAGAAACCUUAUAAAUGUAAACAAUGUGGAAAGGCUUUCACACAGAGCGGCUCUCUUGCUGAACAUCAAAGGAUCCACACUGGAGAUAAGCCUUAUAAAUGUAAACAAUGUGGAAAAGCUUUCACAAAGAGCUGCAAUCUUGUUACACAUCAGAGAAUCCACACUGGAGAGAAACCUUAUAAAUGUAAACAAUGUGGAAAGGGUUUUACAUGGAAGGUCUCUCUUGAUGCACAUCAGAGAACCCAUACUGGAGAGAAAUCUUUUCAAUGUAAUCAUUGUAGAAAGACUUUCAAAGGGAAGUCUCUUCUUGUUGUACAUCAAAGAAUCCACACUGGAGAGAAACCUUUUCAAUGUAAACAAUGUAAAAAGGCUUUUACACACAGGGCCAAUCUUGAUUUCCAUCAGAAAAUCCAUACUGGAGGCAGACUUUAUGAAUGUAAGCAAUGUGGAAAGACUUUUGCAAAGAGCUUCAAUCUUGUUACACAUCAGAGAAUCCACACUGGAGAGAAACCUUUUCAAUGUAAGCAAUGUGGGAAGGCUUUCAGACAAAACUCCACACUUGUUACACAUCAGAAAAUCCACACUGGAGAGAAACCUUAUGAAUGUAAUGAGUGUGGAAAGACUUUCAAAGAGAGCUCUCAUCUUGCUACCCAUCAGAGAAUCCACACUGGAGAGAGACCUUAUCAGUGUAAACAAUGUGGAAAGGCUUUCACACAGGGGAGCAAUCUUGCUGAACAUCAGAGAAUCCACACUGGAGACAAACCUUUUGAAUGUAAGCAAUGUGGAAAGGCUUUCACAAAGAACUCCAAUCUUGUUACACAUCAGAGAAUCCACACUGGAGAGAAACCUUACAAAUGUAAUCAGUGUGGAAAGGCUUUCAGAGAAAACUCCAAACUUGCUGCACAUCAGAGAAUUCACACUGGAGAAAAACCUUAUCAAUGUAAUCAUUGUGGAAAAUCUUUCACACAGAGGGCCAAUUUUGCUACACAUCAAAGAAUCCACACUGGAGAGAAACCUUAUCAAUGUAAUGAGUGUGGAAAGACUUUCACAGUGAGAAGCAAUCUUGUUGUACAUCAGAAAAACCAUAUUUUAGAGAAACCUUUUGAAUGGCAUCAAUAUGGAAAAGCAUUCAAACAUAGUUCCACUCUUGCUAAACAUAAGAGAAGCCAUACUGGAAAGAAACUUUUUGAAUGUAAUCAAUGUGGAAUGGCUUUCAAAUACAACUCUAGUCUAACUGAUCAUGAGAAAAUCCAUAUUGGUGAAAAUUUUUAUGAAUGUAAUCAAUGUGGGAAGUCUUUCACACAAAAAUCACAUCUAUUGGCACACCAGAGUAUACACACUGGAGAGAAGCCUUAUGAAUGCAGUCAAUGUGGAAAAGCUUUCAGAAAAAAGUCUAGUCUUCUUGUACAUCAGAGAACUCAUUCUGUAAAGAAACCUUUUGAAUGUAAUCAUUGUGGAAAGACUUUCAGAGGGAAGGCUAUUCUUAUUACACAUCAAAGAAUCCACACUGGAGAGAAACCUUAUGUAUGUAAACAUUGUGGAAAGGCUUUCAAAGAAAACUCCAAACUUGCUGCACAUCAAAGAAUCCACACUGGAGAGAAUCCUUAUCAAUGUAAUCAGUGUGGAAAGGCUUUCAGAGAAAACUUCAAACUUGCUGCACAUAAGAGAAUCCACACUGGAGAGAAACCUUAUAAAUGUAAACAAUGUGGAAAGACUUUCACACAGAGGGGCUCUCUUGCUGAACAUCAAAGGAUCCACAGUGGAGACAAGCCUUAUAAAUGUAAACAAUGUGGAAAGGCUUUCACAAAGAGCUGCAAUCUUGUUACACAUCAGAGAAUCCACACUGGAGAGAAACCUUAUAAAUGCAAACAAUGUGGAAAGGGUUUUACAUGGAAGGUCUCUCUUGGUGCACAUCAGAGAAUCCAUACUGGAGAGAAACCUUUUCAAUGUAGUCAUUGUGGAAAGACUUUCAGAGGGAAGUCUCUUCUUAUUAUACAUCAAAGAAUCCACACUGGAGAGAAACCUUUUCAAUGUAAUCAAUGCAAAAAGAGUUUUAAACACAGGGCUAAUCUUGCUUUCCAUCAGAAAAUCCAUACUGGAGGCAGACUUUAUGAAUGUAAGCAAUGUGGAAAGGCUUUCACAAAGGGCUCCAAUCUUGUUACACAUCAGAGAAUCCACACUGGAGAGAAACCUUUUCAAUGUAAUCACUGUGGAAAAGCUUUCAGACAAAAUUCCAAACUUGCUGCACAUCAGAGAAUCCAUACUGGAGAGAAACCUUAUGAAUGUAAUGAGUGUGGAAAGACUUUCAAAGAGAGCUCUCAUCUUGCUACCCAUCAGAGAAUCCACACUGGAGAGAGACCUUAUCAGUGUAAACAAUGUGGAAAGGCUUUCACACAGGGGAGCAAUCUUGCUGAACAUCAGAGAAUCCACACUGGAGACAAACCUUUUGAAUGUAAGCAAUGUGGAAAGGCUUUCACAAAGAACUCCAAUCUUGUUACACAUCAGAGAAUCCACACUGGAGAGAAACCUUACGAAUGUAAUCAGUGUGGAAAGGCUUUCAGAGAAAACUCCAAACUUGCUGCACAUCAGAGAAUCCACACUGGAGAGAAACCUUAUCAGUGUAAUCAUUGUGGAAAAUCUUUCACACAGAGGGCCAAUUUUGCUACACAUCAAAGAAUCCACACUGGAGAGAAACCUUAUCAAUGUAAUCAGUGUGGAAAGGCUUUCACUGUAAGGAGCAAUCUUGUUUCACACCAGAAAAUCCAUAUUUUAGAGAAACCUUUUGAAUGCAAUCAAUGUGGAAAGACUUUCAAAUGCAACUCCAGUCUUGGUAGACAUCAAAAAGUCCACAUUGAAGAGAAACCUCAUUAAUGUCAUUUGUGUAGAAAGGUUUUCACCAAGACCUAAAGUUUUUCUGCAUAUCAAAGAAUCUACACUAGAGAGAAACUUUAUUAACAUGAAUGUGGCAAAAGUGUUGAGUUAACACUUUACUUAAAUGAAGAGAAUCCACACUGGAGAGAAACUUAAGGAAUAUAAUCUAUGUGGCAAAGCCUCAGGCAGCAAUCAUCUCCUGUUCCCAAUCAGAGAAUGUAUGUUAAAAUGAAAUCUUAUCACUCAUGAAUGAGAAAAGGCAUUCAAAUGGACUUCAGAGCUUGUUCAAUAUUUUAAAAAAUCAUUCUGAGGUAGCUCCAAAUGGACUCAGGAUAAGAAAGGUUUCAGUCAGAGAUCUUCUCUUACUCAUCAGAGUAUACACAGUGGAGAGAAAUCUUACAGAUGCGUUCAAGAGGGAGGUUUUCUCUGGAUCAGUUAUCAGUAGGCAACAAAAAAAAAAUGGUUGUGGGAAGGACUUCACCUAGAGUUCAUACUUGAGUGUACAUUGGAGAAACCAUGCUGGAGAUAAAACUUAUUGUAUCUAGUUAAAAAGUGAAGGGGGCCACUUGUAGCUCAGACUCCUUUAGACUUCUCUUCACUCAGACCCCAUUAGACUUCUCUUCAAUGGAGACCUCAAUUAAAAAUCCCAAAUUCUCUCCUGUACAUAAAAUCCUAUACACGUAAUAAAUUGUACUUUGAAA